UGGAUAUCUUUUUGCAUUAGCGUUACAGUUAAUUGAGGACUCCCGCCAUAUUGAUCUGACAAGACUCACAAAAAAGGAGAAAGAGUUAAUAGUCAAUCAACUUAGAUCAAUACAUAAUCUUGGCGUCUUACACAACGAUAUUUCCCCAAGAAAUAUACUAUAUGAGCCAAAAAGUAGCCAUUACUUUUUUAUUGAUUUUGGCCUAAGUGAGAUUGUGGAUAAUAAAUCAACAAAAUUGCACAAGGAAGAAGCAAGAUUAAAAAAAAUUUUACAACUAUAAACAUCUGAAUGUAUAGAGAAAAUUUGAAUCAACUAUUGGUGAUUGUUCACUUCAUUUCGUUGGCAUUACAAUUAUACAUUAUCACGCUAGAUGAAGCAUAAAUAAAUUUAUUGCAAGCUACAAUGUAUAUA